AUGGCGACUACAGCCACAAAGGCAGAGAUGCCUACCUUUUCUUAUGCACAGGCAGCAAAGGGACUGGCUGUGUCAACUACAACACAAGUCAAAAACACAGAACAACCUGCAAAGACAACACACGAGGCUGAAGCAAAUAAGGCUUCGACUCCCGACCAAACCUCAACUUCCGCAUCCGCAGACCAUUCCAAAGAGUCUGACAAACCGGAAUCUAUUGCCGACCCUGAGUCCAAGUCGACCACCACAGGUUCAUCCAAGAAUGCAAUCUCUGGUACUUCGUCGCCAAAUUUCGGGACUGCGUCGACAUCGACGUUGGCUAAAGAAGAUGAAAUCCCUGCCAUUGCGAAUGGACUCUCCGACCCUCAUUGGGACAAGCAGUCGCAGACAUCAACUUUGGCUGAUAAGUCAAGUAAUGGGAAGGACAACAAGAAGGAUGAUUCGACCAAGUCCGCAGACAAGGAGAAGGAGAAGAAUCCUCCCAAAGAGUUGAAGGUUGCUCCUCCUCCCGCCGUCAACGUGUGGCAACAGAGAAAAGAAGCACAGGAAGCCAAGGCCAAGGCCAGUGCCGCUGCUUUGAAACCGGUCAACACCACCGCCAACAAAGCCAUCCCGACUAAGCAGACUUCGUCACCAACUGCAGAUAUUUCUGAUUCAGCUAAAGCUACGAACAAGAAGAAGGCGGCUAACGACAGCCAAACUGAUACGUCGGCAUCGCUCGGAAAAGACCGUAAGCGAACCGAAAAUGGUCGAACUCGGGAUGAAGGAGCUAAAAAACCUAAUAAUCGCUUUCCUCGUCCGAACGAAGAGUCCGCAGAGGUUGCUCCUCCACCAGUUGCAGAUGCAACUGCAUGGCCAACUCCUCAGACUGCUCUCGGUGAAGAGAAACGUAAAGCUCAUGAAAAGGGCGAUAAACUCGAGAAAACUGAGAAGAGCCCGUCGAUUCGUGGCAGGGAGAAAUGGACUCCAGUGCAUUAUGUGCCAACUGCGGUUUUCAAUACUCCGCUUCCGUCUGGGGCCCGCCGAGGUGGUCGGCCUGCUCGUGGUGGUCGUGAUGGUGGUCGCGGUGGCGCUCACGCCUCGAAUAACACCAACAAUACCACUCCUGCAGUAGACACGAAGUCUCCCACAUCCUCUCAGCCCAACCAAAUACCACCAAAGCCACAUGCAAACUUGCCGGAAAGAGGCCGUAACGAAGGUGGCCUUGCACGGGCAAACUCUUUACCUGCUCAGGCGAGAAAAUCAGCUACUGCGGAUGCUAAUACACAACCGGAGCAACGGCGUUUCCCACAAGCCUCAGACCGCUCACGUAUUGAUGCGCGAUCAAAGGCUACUGAAGAGAACCACGCUGCUCAGAACGGAACCGCAGAUGCAACUACCGCGAAAGCGCACCGCGAGCCUCGCUCUGCCAAGAUACCAGAAUUCACUCCUGCCCACAAGGCAACCGAUCACAGCCCACGCUCGGGAACAUCCCCUGCAGAUGCUCAAGCAAACGGUCGUUUCGUUCCCACACACGACCGACGGUUCGAUGGCCCACCUCGACCCGUUGAAGCUCCCCGCGAGACCAAUGGCUUUGUCCCUCGGGAACGUGAAUAUCGUGAAUUCAAUCGCGAAAGAGGCGAUUAUCAGCGGGACCGCGAGCAUCCAAAGGAUCGCAGCGAGUCGCGAUCCGAUCGUGGCCGUGGCGGAUAUCGAGGCAGAGGCGGUCAUUCGUACGGUGCAGGUCCACACAACCAACAUUUCCAAAACUCACAGAUGUCCCAACAUCCGUUUGUGCCCAAGUCUUUCGGCGCAGGUGACCGCCAGCGCUCACAGCAGCAAAGCUUUCAGAAUGGCACGCAGCCUCAGCAUGUCAACCACCGGCUUUCCUUGCGAUCGCCUUCCAUGCCUAAUUCAGCCGGCAUGUACUCCGCAUAUCCUGUACCGGAAAUCAAUACCGUGUAUCAAAAUUAUCAACCUGUGCCUCCAGGCCCAAUGAGUGCGAUUCCGUACCAGCCAUACAUGGAUCCAUUAAACGUCAUUGGGUUGAUUCAGAUGCAACUGGAAUAUUAUUUCUCGGUGGACAAUCUUUGCAAGGACCUCUACCUACGCAAACACAUGGACUCACAGGGCUUUGUUCGACUUUCUUUCCUGGCAGGUUUCAAGAGAAUUAAGAAUCUCACCGAAGAUUACGAGUUGCUUCGUCAUUCAAGCCGCCAGUUGAGAAAUUCCGAGUGCGUAGUAGGCGAUGAUGGACAAGAUCGCUUGCGCCCACGGGAAAAGUGGGAGCAGUGGGUGCUUCCUAUGAAUCAACGCGACCCAUCAGCUCAAAACGACGGCCAGUUACCGGCAUCAUUUGAGGACCAUAUGACGAACGGCACUACUCAAAAUGGUUACCAGCCUGUUCCAAAUGGCUUGUCAAACGGCGUUCAUGAACAUGCUGACUCUCGUACAACUCUGUCUUCCGCGGCUCCAGAAUUCACCCCUUACGCGCCGGUUGGGGCCCAAAACGAGAUUCCUAAUGGAAUCGCACAAUGA